AAUGACUGAGUGACUGCGCUACAAUGAUUAUGGAAAUAUGUUAUCAUGAAUUCUACCUUCUCGAUAAACACGAAUGUAGGACACAGAAAGGUCAUAAAAAAUGGCUGUUUUAUACAUAGGGUUUAUUGUAGUGAUUUUAUAUAUUGCGUUUUCGGUUUUGAAAAGAUGGCGAAGAGGGAAAUUCCCAGGGCCUUCUGGCAAACCUGUUCUUGGUGUGCUUAGCGAUUUUGGAUUUAGCGAAACUCCAUGUAACGUUCGAUAAGUGGAGCAAACAAUACGGGGAUCUAUUUCAGUUCACAUGUCUAGGGAAAAAGUUCAUUGUCGUCAGCUCAUCAAAACGCAUUCGAGAUCUCUUUCUGAAAGAGCCUAAUGCAACUACGACGGCUGGUCGACCUACGACGUUUACUGGUCAAUAUUUUUUUCGAAAUAAUAGUGAUGUUUUUUUUGCCACAUCGACGGACCAAACGUGGACAAAGAGAAGGAAGAUGAUGUACCAGAUUUUAAAUGCAUAUGGAGAGGGGCUUAUAGGCAGAGAAAGACAAAUUACACAAAACUUGAUUACUAUGAAGAAUGAGAUCCAGUCGUCCAUUGGUCAAACUGUUGACCCAAGCAAUAUUGUGGAAGAAUUUAUUCUGAACACCAUUGAAGAUUUGCUGAUUGGUAGAAAUUUUGGCAGACAUGGUCAAUUGCAACCCUUGAUAAAGAAAUUGGAUCACGGGUUGAAUGAAGUCACCAACUUAGGAACAGAUAUGGUGUAUUCUGCAUUUCCUUUUCUUCGAUUCUUACCACUCCCACAUUCGAAAAAAUUCCAAGAUGCGAUAAAAAUGAAAGAUCAGUUAAUGGACAUGUUAGACAGUUUAUCGAGAGAGGAAACAGGGGACAAAGGUGUGUAUCAAUCUCUGAAGGAAAUCACCCUAGAACGAGAUACAUUUGGGAAGCAGUGGUUUACUGACCUCCAUCUCUGGUCCAUGAUCGUGAACCUGAUCGCAGGCGGCUACUUAACCACAAGAGGAACGUUGUUAUCCAUAAUUCAUAUUUUGGCCAAACGACCAGACCUUCAGAAGUCUCUGCACACUGAAAUCGACAAUGUGGUUGGUGUUGACAGAAAACCAAAUUUGACGGACAGGCAACACUGUCCUUUUGUGGACGCGGUUAUCAUUGAAACACUUCGUUUCAUAUCCCACCUUCCAACUCUUUUCCAUAAUACCACAGAGGGAACAAAUAUCGCUGGUAUUCCUGUGGACCAAAACACAACUGUUGUCGUCAAUCUAUGGACUAUUCAUCAUAGUGAUAAGGAAUGGGACGAGCCUUUUUCAUUCAAACCCGAAAGAUUUCUACAGCCUGAUGGCAGCUUGAUGUCGUCUACUGAUCCUGUCAGAAAGAGGAUGCUUGCCUUUGGAAUUGGAAAACGAAGUUGUAUCGGUGAGGUGUUCGCAAAGUCCAGAAUUUUUCUCUUCCUGUCUACACUUAUGCAGAGUUUCACAAUCUUGGAACCUGAGGAUUGUGAACUUCCAGAUUUUCUGCCGAAGAAUAUGGAAUCGGGACUGCUUAUGCAACCCAAGCCGUACAAAGUUCGUUUUGUUCGAAGAAAACAAUUAGGUUAAAUUCAAGAUUUUUGUGUUUGAAGUAUUAAAAAAUAUGAAAAACAAUAAAUCUCCAGGUAGUGAUGGAUAUAGUGUA